UCGGUACGAACGGCCACAGUCCGGCCGGUCAGUGCGCGUUUCGUUGCCGGACGUGCCUUAUUGAAUUUCCCGCGGCCGAUUAUGUAAGCGACGCGAAUCCGGCCAAUAAAAAAUUAAUACACAUAUUUAGCCGUUUGACGAGUACGGGAGUUUUAUCGCCCCGCCAUGCGCCGGUGUUCCGCGACCGCGGCCUACUCAGUGUUUCGGCACGUCGGGCGGGUCGAGGUCUGUGGUCGACGCGAGUUUCGGCUGUCAACGAUACGAAACAAAAGCGUUCCGGAGACGAUGGCGGGCUCGGGGGCAUCGCCGUGUCUCGCCAUGGAUAACCUCAACCCCAACAUCAAGGUUAUGGAAUACGCCGUGAGGGGACCGCUCGUAACUCGGGCAGGCGAGAUCGAGAAAGAGUUGGAGCAGGGGGUGAAGAAGCCGUUCACGGAGGUGAUCAAGGCGAACAUUGGCGACUGCCACGCGAUGGGCCAAGUGCCGUUGACCUUCAUCAGGCAGGUACUCGCCUUGGUGACGUAUCCGAAGCUGCUGGACGACCCGCAGUUUCCGGACGACACCAAGGAGAGAGCGCGCACUCUCUUGAAGGGGUGCAGGGGCGGCUCGGUGGGCUCCUAUACCGAUUCCCCCGGGAUCGAGGUCAUUCGCAAGCACGUCGCGCAGUAUAUCGAGCGCAGGGACGGGAUACCGUCCGAUUGGCAGAACGUCGUCAUCAGCGCAGGCGCCAGCGACGCCAUCAAAAACAUCCUCAAGCUGCUUAUUUGCCCGGUUGACGGCAAACCGCCCGGCGUGAUGACCCCCAUACCCCAAUACCCGUUGUAUUCGGCGACGCUGGCCGAAUUCGGCAUGCACCAGAUCGGGUACUACCCGAAUGAGUCGCGAAACUGGGGCCUCGACGUCGCCGAGCUCGAGCGGUCGGUGUCGGAGGCCCGGAAGGUGUGCGCACCGCGCGCCAUCGCCGUCAUAAACCCGGGGAACCCCACGGGUCAGGUUUUGUCCCGCGACAACAUCGAGGAGAUCAUCCGGUUCGCGCACAAGGAGAAACUGUUCGUCCUCGCCGACGAGGUCUACCAGGACAAUAUCUACGCGGACGGCUGCAAGUUUUUCUCGUUCAAGAAGGUGCUGACCGAGAUGGGGCCGCCGUACCGCGACAUGGAGCUCGCCAGUUUCAUGUCGUGUUCGAAAGGGUACAUGGGGGAGUGUGGGCUGCGCGGCGGCUACGUUGAGGUCAUCAACAUGUGCCCCAAAGUCAAGGCGAUGUACCUGAAGGCGAUCAGCGCGAUGCUGUGCCCGACGGUGCUCGGCCAGGUCUGCAUGGACACCGUCGUGAACCCGCCGACGAAAGGCGAGCCCAGCUACGAGCUCUACAUGAAGGAGAAAACGGCGGUGCUCGAUUCGCUCAAGGCGAGGGCGAAAAUGGUCGCGGACGCGUUCAACUCGAUGGAGGGGUUCAGUUGCAACACCGUGCAGGGGGCGAUGUACGCGUUCCCGCGGAUUACGCUGCCCCCGAAGGCGGUCGCGGCGGCGGAGAAGGCGGGCAAGGUGCCGGACGUGUUCUACGCGUUCGAGUUACUCGAGAACACGGGCAUUUGCAUCGUGCCGGGUAGCGGGUUCGGGCAGCAACCGGGCACUUACCACUUCCGCACGACGAUACUGCCCCAGCCCGACAAACUCAAGGCGAUGCUGCAGAAGUUCGCCCAGUUCCACAAGGACUUUAUCAAAAAGUAUUCUUAAGGCGACAUGAAACGUGUUCGUGUAUAUAAUUGUUUGGAUUAAAUGUACUACGCAUCCUA